AGAGAGAGAGAGAGAGAGAGAGAGAGAGAGAGAGAGAGAGAGAGAGAGAGAGAGAGAGAGAGAGAGAGAGAGAGAGAGAGAGAGAGAGAGAGAGAGAGAGAGAGAGAGAGAGAAUUUACAACGUGGAUCUCACCAUUCAUUCCCCUGUAUCUCUGGCUGAUCAUACUAGAGCCGGAGGUUUCCAGCGCUCUGUCCUGGACCCAGCCAGGUGUGGCACGUGGAAAGUCAGGAGGGGAGACAGGGGUAGCUCCAAGCCCACCCUGCACUGCUCUGGCCAGCCCCGUCCUAACCUAGUGCAGAGUCCCCCUCUCCUGUACCCAUCCCCGGAUCCCCAAGGGCUCUCCCGCUCCACUUUCAUCCUUACUCUUGGGACAGCAAUACGGGACAACAUCCUGGAGGAAGGCGCAGGAUCAGGCUGGGAGCAUGCACCACUCUGGGGGGCCCGUGGCCAAUGCCUCCUUUCUGGCCUUGAAUGAGUCGUCCUGCCAAGGGGCCGGGACUGGGAGCGGCUGUGCCAACAGCUCCGGGCCAACCGGGCCUCCGCGCCUAGUGGACGCCUGGCUGGUGCCGCUCUUCUUCGCUGCUCUCCUGGUGGUGGGGUUGGCAGGCAACUCGCUAGUCAUCUAUGUGAUCUCUAAGCACAAGCAGAUGAGGACCGUCACCAACUUCUACAUAGCCAACUUGGCAGCCACAGACAUCAUCUUCCUGGUAUGCUGUGUGCCCUUCACAGCUAUGCUCUACCCCCUUCCCAGCUGGGUCUUUGGAGAGUUCAUGUGUAAGUUUGUCAGCUACAUCCAGCAGGUGUCUGUCCAGGCCACCUGUGUCACCUUGACAGCCAUGAGUGUGGACCGCUGGUACGUUACCGUGUUCCCCCUGCGUUCCCUACGCUACCGCACCCUCCGGUUGGCCUUUGCUGUGAGCCUGGGGAUCUGGGUUGGGUCCUUCCUGGUGUCCAUUCCUGUGCCCAUGUACAAUCGACUCUCCGAAGGCUACUGGUUCGGGCCACAAACGUACUGCAUCGAGGAGUUCCCAUCUGUGACCCAUGAGCGUGUCUUCAUCCUUUAUAACUUUCUGGCCGUCUAUCUACUGCCUCUUCUGACUCUCUGUGUCUGCUACACAGCCAUGCUGUACCAGAUGGGGCGACCCACCGUCGAGCCAGUGGCUGACAAUAAUUAUCAGGUACAGCUGCUGGCGGAACGUUCGGAAGCCAUGCGGGCUAAGGUGUCCCGUUUGGUGGCUGCCAUUGUGCUGCUCUUUGCUGUGUGCUGGGGCCCCAUUCAGCUCUAUAUCCUCCUCCAGACCUUUAGUCCUGGCUUCCAACAUGACUUUGCUGCCUAUAAGGUGAAGAUCUGGGCUCACUGCAUGUCCUACAGCAACUCCUCCCUCAACCCUGUACUUUAUGCCUUCCUAGGAGCCAACUUCCGCAAGGCUUUCCACAAGGUCUGUCCUUUGGCUGGGCGUGUGGGCAGUGCCAGCAUCCCUAGUGCCAACCUCAACACAGAGCUUCAUUUUGUGUCCUCCGGGCUGCCAGCUUCCCUCCGCCAGCCCCAGCCGGAGGGAGGGGUCCCAGCCCCAGUGGCCCAGUGAGACCCUAUGGUUGAUCCACUGGCAUUGGCUGUUAGAUAAGGGCAGCCUAUCCUAGAACCAUUCCCUCCCUCAUUACAUAGUCCUCAAGCUAGAUUCUUUGUAAGGGCACAGAAAGGUAAGAUUCUUGCCUGCAAAGAGCUCCCAGUCUGGAAAUCGGAAUAGGGCAGCCAAAACCCAGUGCCAGGGAGGUGGUUUAGAUCCCGAACCCUAGAAUUUCAGAGCUUGGAGGAGCCUUUGGAUCCCCUUAACUCACCUCUGGCAUGAGAUUGGUCCUGAUUCUCCCCCAUUGCAAAAGCCCUCCCCUCUGUUCCCAAGAACUUGGUAUGUAUUUUGUAUGUUGACUUGUCUGUGCUCAUACUGCUUCCUGCUCCUUCCCAAUAGAACAGAAAUUCCUUGAAGGCAGAUGAUGCUUCCUUUUCUCCUCUUUGUGUCCCUAGAGCCUAGUGUAAGGCAUCAGGCACAAAGUAGACACUUAAUGCACGGAGAAAAUGAAUGCUAUAGAAGGGGGAAUGGGAGCGAGAAAGGAGGGAACUUAUCCACAACCACACAAGAGUUAAGACACCUCCAGGACAAGAAACCAAGUCUCCAGGUUCCCAGUAUAUGGUUCUUUGUUUUCUCCUUUAAACCCUUACCUUCCAUCUUAGAAUCCAUACUGUUUAUGGGUUCUACGGCAGAAGAGUGGUAAGGGCUAGGCAAUGGGGGUUAAGUGACUCUCCCAGGGUCACACAGCCAGGAAGUGUCUAGAUCUGAACCUAGGACCUCCCCUCUCUAGGCCUGGCUCUCCAUCCACAGAGCCCCCCAGCUGCCCCCCAUGGUUCUUGUAGAUACAAAUGUUUGAUCCAGCCACGCAACCCAUCCCUCUCUCUUCUCCCUCAAAAGGGACCAAAUCUUGAAGGAAGCAGGGAUGCAGGCUCACAUUCUGCCACUAGGUGUCACUGUUUGCCCACUGAAAAUCUUCCCAAAGGCCAAGACAAGAGCCGCCUGCCUCAAGAACGGUAGAGAGGUGCUCCUCCCAGGUUCCCCUAGCUCAGCCCAUCGGGAGCUCCCAGGGUGUACACGGGAGUUUGGACCCUCAGUCAGUUUCCGCGCAGGGGUCCUCCGCUCUUGUCGCGGUAGCCAGACUUCCAUUUUCGUCUGCGUUGGACAGCUCCCUCGGUUCAAAGCCCUUAUGCAGCACCGAGGAUGGUGAGACCGCCAGACCCGCAAGGGCAGCCCGCUUCCCACUCGUCCCCUCAGCCCGUGUUUGUGAAAUGAAUAAACGAGUGUCGUGAGACCCUGG